AUGAAAAUUUUUGAAAACACGAUUCUGGUUUUUUCUCUCUAUUGUUUUUUUUUUAUCACGCUAUUUCAUCCAACAUUAUGGGUACAUAAAAUUAUUUUUGCAUUGUUAUUUGGAAAUAAAAUUUUGUUGUUGAAUACUAACUGACAUAUAAAUCCGAACACCCAGUUUAAAUGGUUUUAUUUUAAUAAAAUUUUGUAUAAGUACUUAAUGAAGCAUAAUAAGUAAAUGAUAAAAAUUUCAAAAUGAUUGCACUGCUCUAAAGCCCUUUGACCUUUAAUAAUGUGUGGAUGCACCCUGAUGUGCUACGCAUUCUCCAACGCGCCUAGGCAUUCUUCUGAUCAGGUGGUCAAUGUCCUCCUGUGGUAUCUCAUUCCAGGAAACCACCAACUUCUCUCGUAGUGCUUCUAGAGUCUGAGGAGGACGUUGCAAAUUGAGUAAUCUCCUACCCAUCAUAUCCCACACGUGCUCAAUUGGGUAUAAGUCGGAAGAUCUUGGUGGCCAUGGUAACAACGUGACAUCAUUAUGUUGAAAGAACAGACUACUCGUACAUGACAUAUUUGCCUAAUCUUAAUUUGUACCAAUCACAAUCGCGCAAUUUUGAAUUACAAAUGGCUUCUAGAUGCAAAAAUUGUAAGACAGCGGAAAACUUGACAGCUGUUGUCAGCAAAAAUUACAAUACCUUUGAUAACAAUUAAUGAUGGUCUCCUAGGACACCAAAAAACGUCGCUGAACCAUUUUUCUGGUUUUAUUGUCAAUACAUUUUGUAUAUUGUUUUCAAACAGUGCUAGUCAGCUUAUGUAGUGAAAAUACGUGUAUCAUGUAGCCAAAAAAGUUCGUGCGGUUUUUAGUAGAAAAAUAUAAAUUUUUAUUGAGAAACAAUAAGACACUAUUUAUUCGUCGAAGUAAUUCAAUGACCUUUUGCCAACGUGGAUCCAAUUUUUGUAUGCCGGUACUGCAAAAGUCCCUGGAUUUGGAGUCAAUAAAUUGGCAGACCGCGUUUAUUACACCAUCUCGAGUUGUGAACUGUCGGUGCCUCAUACAAUUGUCAAGAGACAAAAAAAGGUGGUAAUCACUGGGAGAAUUUUUCUUCCGAUUGAUCAAAGAAGGCUGUUUCUGGAUGAGUGCUGCUUGUACUCGUUGAAGCUGCCCACAAACUUAUAAUGGACAAUUCCAGUUGCUGUCCACCACACACACAACAGAACCUUGUUUGGGUGCAAGGAAGCCUUGGGUGUGUGUGGCACCGAAUCAGUAGGCGACAACCAAUGAUACGAACGCUUAGAAUUCGAAUACAAGAUCCAUUUUUCGUCGCAGGUUAAUAACCGCUUAAGAAAUGGUUCAUUAGCGUUGCGUGAAAUGUUUGCUGAACAAAUGGUAAGACGACUUAAUUUCUGAUGAAGAUGCAAACGAAUAGUUUCAGGACUCACUCUGAACAUUUCUGCAAGUUCUUGGCACGUUGUCCUGGAACUUGCGUCCACAGCCUGUCGUAGAUCCUCGUUGCUCAUGAUUUUUGGUCUCCCUGAGCGCG